AAUAAAAUAAAAAAAUGACUAAACUUCAUAUCUUUCAAAAGGUAGCCAACGUGGUGGUUUAUCUUUUCUUCUUGUCUACUACUGUUUAUACUGUUGUUAGUCCUGCUAAUGGUGAAGUUGGUGAAGGUCAAACUUAUAUUACUCCUUCUUUCUGGAUUUCUUAUGUAUGGACUUUGAUUCAUCUUCUUCUUGGUGGUUUUGUUAUUUAUCAAUGGUUUGAACCUGCUCAUGAUGCUGCUAUUCAUGGUGUUGGUUGGCAUUACGUGAUUUCUGUCUUACUUAGUUCUGCUUGGCUCGGUCUUUUGAAAGGUGGUCAUGAAUUGAUUGCUUUCAUCUUUGUCCUCCUUACUGCUUCUUCAGUGUCUUACGUAUUCUAUAACUUGGAAAAGAACUAUCAAACUACUUCUUGGUAUGAUAAGCUCUUUAUUCAUGCUCCUUUCUCUUUAUGGCACGGAUGGAUUGUUUUCUCUGUUGUCAUCAACUUCUUCCAAGUUGUCUCUCAUACUAGUGAAGAAGGUCCUGGUGUUUGGUCUCGUAUCUUUGUCAUUCUUGGUCUUCUCUUCUUAUCUAGUACUGCCAUUGGUUACGUUGAAUACAAGAAGAACAAGGGUGAUGUCACCGGUGCUAUUGUUCUUGGCCUUGGUUUAUUGGCUAUCUUUACCAAUCAACAAGAUCCUUGGAUUCACUGGACUUCUUUGGCUUUAGCUAUCAUCACUCUUCUUUACCCUGUUCGUCCCUACGCUUGCAAGUUGGUGGGUCGUCCUACUGAUGCCGAAAAUGCUCCUCUUCUUGGUUGAUUCUUUUAGUUUACUAUAUUCAUCUUUUUUUUUUCUUUUCCCUCCUCUUUUUUUAUUGAAAAAUGUGAAUAAAGAAAAUCAUUCUAUUCCUUUUAAAAAAAAAAAAAAAAAAA